CACUUGAGACGCUUGAAUAAUUAUAAUACUUUGAUGGCUGUAAUUGGCGGAAUAACGCACAGCAACAUUGCAAGGAUGUCAAAAACUUCUUCUGCGUUAUGCAGCGAUUUGAAAAAGGAGCUUAACUAUCUAACCCAGCUGCUGUCGUCAAAUAAUAAUUUUGCUAAUUAUCGCAAGGCGUUACGCGAAACCUCCGGAGCUUUCUGUAUUCCAAUCAUGGGUGUACAUUUGAAGGAUUUGAUAAGUGUGCAAAUAAAGGAUCACGAUCUGAAACGAUGCGGCCUUGUUUCUUGUCGCAAAAUUUUGAAUUUAGCAGAGCAUUUGUCGCAUUUUAUCAGUUUUAAUCGCACUCCUCAUAACUUUCCUGAUGCCAACAUUGAUCUCAUUCAUACGCUAAAGAGUCAUCAAAUCGCCGACGUGGAUGAAAAAUUCUGCAAAAAAGAGUUGACACCAAUAUUAGCCUGCAGGUUGCUAAAAUUAGCUGCAAAGCCAUGCUGUUAA